UUUGAUCCAAUUUGGCGAGAACCCCGCUGCCCCCAACCCCCACAUUGUUCCUCUUUUAAUCUGCUCAAAUAAUUUUGUAAUCCCUUUUGGCUUUUUAUUAAUAACUGUAUAUUCUUUUCCUUCCACGUUUUAUCCUCCUUUUCACAGCACAAACUUAUAAAACACCGAAUUUUCAGCUUUAUAUCCACCUCAUUUGGAUAUAAUUUUGUUCAGCAAAAAAAAGGAAAAGAAAAGAGCCUUUUUUGCUGGAUCAUUUUCAUUGUGUCUAACUACUUGUAUUUAUUCCUGAGACGGACGAUCUUUUUAGUGGAAGCUCCAUUUUUACAUAGAGUUUCCAAAAAUGGGAAAUUUUUUUCUUUUUGAGCUUUCUCUAAACACACUGUGAUCUGUGCUCUACCCGUUUAUCCUUCAUUAUAACAAUUUCCCUGAAGAAUUUGGACCUGGGUUUUGGACAUUCUUGCUUUUCAGGAAAUUUUGGAGGUGGGCUUUUCUAGUUCUGUAAAUUUGUGGGGAAAAUUUUGAGGUGGUGGUUGGGAAAUCAGACUUGUAUAGAAGAAUUCUCAAGAGGGUUGUCCAACUUUUGUCAUCUUCAGGGGAAAAUUGUGAAGAAGCUUGUAAUCAUUUGAAAGUCUGUCUCCAUCAAUUGUGUACCACACACAAACAAAAUUAUACGUAGAUGCUUAUAUAAUGAUCAAGUUGGAAAGCCACAAGAGUUGGUGGUAUUGAAAGGGCAUUUAUGUUUCUAUAGAAGAGAUAUAUGGUCUUCUUGAUGAGGGGUUAGUAACAGAUGUUUUAUGGAUGUUUCUGAGAGUAAAAUUUGGUUGUUGGGUUGUCAUUAAUUUGGUAGAAAACGAGGAAUCUGAUUUGCAAAGAGAAGAUUAAGGUUGUUGCAUCCUCAAGUAGUCAUACAUGAUUGUUAUGAUCGUUUGGGACUUUGAGCUGUCACAAGCAAAAUUUAAAUCCGUGUUGGGGGAUCGUUUGAUUGUUAUGAGAUCACUUUGAGGAAUUAAGGUCAAGUUUGAGGAUUAUGAGAUUUUUCAGCCUUGUGGGAAACUCUUUUGGAUGCUCUGCAUCUGGAGAGAGACUGGUUUCUGCAGCAAGAGAUGGUGAUCUUCAGGAAGCUAAGGCUUUACUGGAUUAUAAUCCCCGCCUGGCGAGGUACUCAACCUUUGGUGUUCGUAAUUCCCCCCUCCAUUAUUCUGCAGCUCAAGGCCACCAUGAGAUUGUAUCUCUCCUGAUUGAAUCUGGAGUUGAUAUUAAUCUAAGGAACUACCGUGGCCAGACUGCUUUGAUGCAAGCUUGUCAGUAUGGUCAUUGGGAGGUUGUUCAGACUUUGAUUAUUUUUAAAGCUAAUAUUCACAAAGCCGAUUAUUUGAAUGGGGGUACGGCUCUUCACCUGGCUGCUUUGAAUGGACAUUCUCAAUCCAUCCGGCUUCUCCUUGCUGAUUAUAUUCCUAGUGUUCCUAAUUUCUGCAGUAUCCUCAGAAAACGAGUGAAGAACGAAGACUCAGUAUCAGGAUUUGAUGAAGAUGCACUUUGUCAAGUUAUCAAUAGACCAGCUGAUGGAGGCAUCACUGCUCUUCAUAUGGCUGCAUUAAAUGGGCAUUCUGAAACUGUUCAACUGCUUUUGGACUUGGGGGCUUCUGUAAGUGAUAUUACUGUGGAGGAUGGAACUACAAUUGAUUUAAUAGGUGCAGGAAGCACGCCACUUCAUUAUGCUGCAUGUGGAGGCAAUGCACAAUGUUGUCAGCUUUUGAUUGCAAGGGGGGCCAGUCUCACAACAGAAAAUGCAAAUGGAUGGAGUCCCUUGAUGGUUGCUCGUUCAUGGCAUAGAGAAUGGCUUGAGGAGAUCCUUAGCAGACGACCAGAAGGGCAGCCACGGCUUCAACCUUCACCAUAUAUCUGUCUUCCUCUUAUGAGCAUUGUCAAUAUAGCUAGAGAAUGUGGGUGGAAAAGCUGUGAUUCGCAUAAUACAUGUGUAGACCCAUGUGUUGUUUGCUUAGAGAGAAGGUGCACAGUGGCUGCAGAAGGUUGUUUCCAUGAGUUCUGCACUCGCUGUGCCUUGUAUCUAUGUUCCACAAAUCGCACCUCAGCAGUGGCUCAUGGACCCCCAGGCUCAAUUGCUUGCCCCCUCUGCCGGCAUGGCAUAGUUUCAUUUGUUAAACUCAAGGACUUAAAGCCAAUUGGGAAAGAAAUUCCAAGAACUAGUUUAUCCCUUCCAUUUUGCACUUGUUCGGCUGAUGGUCCGGAAAUAGCUUCACUGGAAACCCCAUUUUGUAAGCCUGACUCCUACUGUGUCCGAAUAACCCCUCUUGGUUCUUCUUUUCGCUCGCUUAGCUGCCAAAGGUUUCCGUCAAUGAGACUCAGCCCUGGCCUCUGCAUGGGGACUCCAGACACAAGUCCUUCUUUGGUUCCUAGGUCUGUUGACCGUAAUGUGAGGGAACACUUGGUUAGGUGUUCAAGAUUGAACUUGAAGCGUUCAACUUCUCAAACUGAUGGAAGGAGCUGGUUCUGUUCUUUGAAUCAAUGUAUAGCGACUGAAAGCUCCUUCUGAAGAUGGAAUUUUUAUUCUACAAAGUCAGGCUCAGAUUUUUUCGAUUUAUUGCACCAUUGCAGGCUGAAUUUCAUUGUUUUUUUUCACUUGGCGAAAGCGUUGGUAUCUCGCCACCCAUCUUUUCGUCCGGGAUAUAGUUUUCAAUCUUUUGUUUUCUGGUUUUGUAUAUACUGUAUACGGAAUAUCUCCUGUAACGGUUCAUCCAGAAAUGAGAAAGAAAGAGAUAUUUGAUACUUGUUGCGUGAAGGAGAAAGGUGAAACGUUCAGAACAAGAAAUUUUAGGUUUUUGACAUGGAAAAGACUCUUCUCAUUAUGCAAGGAUUUUGGUUGUCAUGACAUGCUCUUAUCACGUAGAGAAUGAGGUCAGUCAUGUUAAUCACUUCAAUACAGACAACUGCAGUCUAUCUGAAGCUGGUCUACAAAAUACCACCACCCUUGCUUGCAGACAGGAAAUAAGGCUGAGAUCGAAGCAAUCACUGCUUGUACAGGGAUUCAAAGUAGUCUGUUUGCAGCGAAUGUGCAGGAGCUUCUCCAAGUGUGGAAGUAUUGCUUCUCUGGAUUCAAUGUGAGCUGGAUGAACUAUGCACUCCAGUAGCCCUACCCACGUCUCAGAAGUUGGCUCAAGGAUGAUAUGAUUAAAUCCAUUAUCACGGUUCUCACUGAUUAUGUACAAGACGAUAACAUGGCCGACUAGAUGAUUAACAAUGUGCAUGAUGAACUUCUGUUUGGCUUGUUUUAGGGGAAGAGGGUCAUGACAAUGCAACUAUGAGAAUCAAAUCUAUGCAAAUGGGGCCUUUUAAUCACCUAGGCCGAUUCUUGC